AUGUACAUGUUUUUCGCAAUCGAUAAACUCAAGUUAGGAACCAAAUUGCCCAUUUUCUUCGACAAAAACGAUCUUCAGAAACUUCCUCCACUUCUCACAAGACAAGAAGCUGAUCUUAUUCCUUUCACCAAUUCAAAGCUUGACUUCCUUCUCGAUCACUUCUCUAUCUCCAAAGACUCUCCACAAGGAAAAGCCAUGAAGGAGACUUUGGCACGUUGUAACUAUAAACCUAUGGAAGGACAGUUAAAGUUUUGUGGGACUUCUUUGGAGUCAAUGCUUGAUCUUGUGAAGGAAACAAUAGGAUCCAAUGCUGAUCUCAAGGUCAUGACGACGAAAGUAAUGGUACCGAAGCAAAACAAGAUUAGCUACGCUUUGCAUAACUAUACAUUCGUGGAGGCUCCUAAGGAGCUUGUUGGGAUUAAGAUGUUGGGAUGUCAUAGAAUGCCAUACCCUUAUGCUGUUUACUAUUGCCAUGGUCAUAGUAGUGGAGCAAGAGUCUUUGAAGUUAACUUGGUGACAGACGACGGGAGACAGCGGGUUGUAGGACCCGCUGUCUGCCACAUGGACACGUCUAUGUGGAACGCGGAUCAUGUAGCGUUUAAGGUGUUGAAGGUAGAGCCGAGGUCCGCACCGGUUUGCCAUUUCUUCCCUCUUGAUAAUAUUGUGUGGGUAACGAAGUAG